AUGACAGACGCCGAGAAGCUUGAGCUUCCCAAGGGCGCUCCUGUUGAGGACCCUGGAGCCCACGAACUUGCUGAGGAGUCUGAAUCCGACGACCAGUUUACCGAUGCGGCAUCUGGCGCGGGAAGUCCCAAGAUUAGUUCACCAAUUCCAAAGACUCGAGUCGAGAAGGUAGACGAUCAGCCAUCACACGGCGAGGUCCCGGGAACUGAAGCAUACGAGAUGCGGGGGCAGGAUGCUCAGCCUGACGAGAUUGCGAUUGCUCCAGAGACGGGCGCAUCUCAAAAUGCUCCCUCUACCCCCGAAAUCAAAGCGCCCACGACCAUCGUAGAGGAGGCUCCUGGGCCUAGAAGCCGAUCGCACUCAAUUCAAUAUGAGGAGAGGCGCAAAGCAGAUGCUUCUCCGGACAUUCUCGUGGAUUCUGAUGGUCAGGUCAGGGAGAUUCAAGGCGAGAGCGCACAUGUUGACAGCAAUUCUGAUAAUUCAAGACCGUCACCCGAUACUGCAGACUCGAAAUUCCAGGAAGAUGGACAUUCUGAAAGCCCUCGUGCCAUAGCUACUUCUUUACGAGAUGCUGACGAUGACGAUGGCGAUGACGAACCACAACAAGAUAAUGAUGGCGACGACGAUUUCGGCGACGACGAUUUCGGCGACGACUUUGAUGAUUUCGAGGAGGGUAAUGAGGACGAUGACUUCGAUGACUUUGAAGAUGGCUUCCAGGAAGCAGAGACACCAGCGCCCACUGCCACACAGGCUUCGCAGCAAUCAACAUUACCAUUCUCCAUACCCGAUUUUGAUGGACUUGAUCCAGAAGCAGUCGUAUCUGCUUUAGAGCCUUUCCUCGCUAAUCUAUACCCCCCAGAAGAACUCGAUCUUCCCACAUUCCCACCUCUCUCCAAGGACUCGGUGUUUUUCACAGCAAGGUCUGCAUCUCUCUGGUCACAACUGGUAGCGCCACCUCCUCUCGCACCCCCUGAUUGGAUCCGCUCUCGCACACGCCGCCUCUUUCUCGUGUCACUCGGUGUUCCCGUCGACCUCGACGAGAUCCUCCCAGCCUCUAAGCAGAAGAAACUCGUCCUCCCCUCUCUCAACGUCCCUUCAUUGUCGCCUAGAACGUCCACAGAUUCCCGGUCUGUAUCUAGGUUACGGCAAGGCGAAGGUAACAAUUCAUCUACAUCAGUUGAUACCCAAGGAAAGCCAUCAGCCUCGACAAGAAAGCGGCGCGGGCCUCCACCACAACCCGAACUGGACCUCGUCGCUGCUCGUCAUUUGUGCCAAACAACAGAUGAAGCGCUUGAUGGUAUGACUGAUGAGGAACUAAAAGCGCACGUAGCCAAACUAGAAGGUUUGCAGGAAGCGGCCAAGGAAGCAUUGGAAUAUUGGAAGAAGAGAACCGACGAAAAGAUUGGCGAUCGAGAAGCAUUCGAAGGCGUCAUAGAAAACUUGGUCAAGCACGCGCGCAAAACGCGCAAAUAG